AUGAUCCAAAGAAUGCUCUCCAAAGCUCUUGCUUCCAAAAGAGUGACUAAACCUAUCAAGUAUCAUGGUCUACCAGCCAGCAUUGGCAAAUCAAAGAAAGAGGCUUUCAAUUAUAUCAAAGAAAAGGUCAUGGGUAAGGCUCAAGGAUGGAAGGAGCAACUCCUUUCCCAAGCUGGAAAGGAAAUCCUUAUUAAAGUUGUAGCGUCAGCCCUCUCAGUGUACUCAAUGUCUUGUUUUCUCCUCCCUCAAGCAAUUUGUGAUGAUAUAACUAAAGCAAUGAGACAAUUUGGGUGGGGAUACAAAGAUAAUAACAAGAAAACCCAUUGGAUCAAGUGGGAUCUAUUCUGUAAAGCAAAAAAGGAAGGUGGGAUAGGGUUUAGAGACCCAAAAAGUUUGAACUUGGCUCUCAUGUGCCUGGCUAAGCAAGCUUGGAGAAUCGUGUCGAACCCAAACUCUCUCCUCGCCAUGGUGCUGAAAGGCAGAUACUUCAAGAAUGGGUCUUUCUUCCAAGCAACAGUUCCCCCGUGCAGUUCUUUGGGGUGGAGAAGCCUUAUUAAAGGUAGGGAGGUUCUUCAGAAGGGCCUAUUUUGGCAAAUUGGUAAUGGCAAUUCUAUAAAUUUUUUGACAGACCCCUGGCUCCUAAAUCCAGGUCUUCAGAUAGCUAUAACUGCUCGUCUCUCCAUUGUCAUGGUUUUUUCCAUUUUUCUUUCAUAUAGCAUAACUUGCACCAAUUGUAUGAAUACAAAAUUUGCAUCACUCUGUGAGUGCAAGGCUCAAACGGGUGUCUUGAUGCUUGAACCUUGUGUAGGUGUUUGGUAG